GACGUGUUAUCUAUGUUUUAUCUGUUUUCUGACUCCUCACAAGUCGACCUAACAGCUGUGAUGAGAAGUUACGACAGAACAGUUGCUGUAGAGUUUGUACACUUAUGUUAAGUGACGGUGGACACCAUGAACUACGUGGGGCAGCUGGCGGGCCAGGUGCUGGUGACCGUAAAGGAGCUGUAUAAGGGGAUCAACCAGGCCACUCUGUCAGGCUGCAUCGACGUGAUCGUGGUCCGGCAGCCUGAUGGUAUGUUCCAGUGCUCCCCUUUCCAUGUCCGCUUCGGAAAACUGGGGGUGCUGCGCUCCAGAGAGAAAGUGAUUGAUAUAGAAAUCAAUGGGGAACCUGUGGAGCUACACAUGAAGCUUGGAGACAAUGGAGAGGCCUUUUUUGUCCAGGAGACAGAGCAGCACAAUGAGAUUGUCCCAGCCCACCUGGUGACCUCGCCCAUCCCCACCGAAGAGGCUCUGUUCAGGAGCAGAGAGACCAGAUGUAGUGGAUCAGCGGCAGACGACAGUCAGCCGCAGAGUCCUGAGGACCCGGUCUCUGGAAACCUCCAGCCCAACUCCAACACAGCCGGCAAGAAGAGGAAGAGACGCAGGAGGAAGCACAAGGCCGAGCCACGCAAGGAGGAGCAAACCACACCUGCAGGCGGAGAGCUGGAGCUGUUUGAGCUCAGUUCAGAUGAGGAGCACAACGGACGGACACCUUCACUGUCCACGAUGAAGGCCAAUACGGACAACAGGCAACAUUCCCCACUUACCGCCCUCGAAUGGGACAGCUACCCUUUCUCUGAUGGAGACUGGUCCCCUUGCACUACCAGGGAGAUGUCGGAGGCAAUGUCGCCCAAGAGUGACUCUGAGCUGAUGGUGAAGCCGGCAGAGAGCAUGCUCAGGGCCGAGUCCCACAUGCAGUGGACCUGGGGAGAGUUUCCAGAAUCCACCAGGGUCAACAAAAAGGACAAAUCAGAGCCAAAGACGGUGACCAUCACUCCCUCUGAGAACACACAUUUCAGGGUUAUCUUGAGCACAGAGGCCAUGGAGGAGCAGUCAAGGGAAGGAGAGAGAACCACAGGUCCCAUUUGCAGUAUUGUAAAGCCAGAGCCUCGGACCAUCAAAGUUGAUCAGCACAGCUGCAAACCACAGCCCCCUGAAGCUUCAUCACACGAUACAAACAUUACCAACCACGAGACAGGCCUUUCAAAUUUAAUGUCCAGCUGUUUCACCUCAGAGCCAUGUCCCACUAACUCUGACCUCAGACCGAUAACCGUGCACAAGACCAGGUGGAAGUCUUCGCCACCAAGCCGCAGGGGCAGCGACUCUGCUGCCAGUGGUGGGAGAAAUAUAACUGGAGACUCGGCAGCAGUUUGUCCUGACACAGGAGCCUCCUCUAAACCCACCGACUCCCCCGUCAAGAGGAGAAGUGUGAGGAAGAGGAGCCAACAUCAGGGACCUGAAGACAUUUACCUGGACGACUUGAAUGCACUAGAACCUGAUGUUGUUGCUCGGUACUUCCCCAAAAGUGAGUCUGAGCAGGUUCCUAAAGACUGGGUCGAGACGGGGAGGCGCUCUGGAUCCCAGUCGCCCCAGUCGGUUGGCAGCGCGGCAGCAGACAGCGGCACAGAGUGUCUGUCUGACUCUGCUGGUGACCUCCCUGACGUCACCCUGUCGCUGUGUGGAGGUGUUGGUGAGAACUCCGAGAUCUCUAAAGAUAAAUUCAUGGAGCACAUCAUCACCUACAAUGAAUUUGCAGAGAAUCCGGCAAUAAUCGACAAUCCCAAUUUGGUGGUUAGAAUUUCAAACAGGUAUUACAACUGGACACUGGCAGCACCAUUGAUACUUAGUAUGCAGGCUUUUCAGAAGAGCUUGCCAAAGGCUACAGAGGAGGCCUGGGUGAAGGAGAAAAUGCCAAAAAAGUCAGGACGUUGGUGGUUCUGGAGAAAGAGCAGCGUAAAGCAGUUAUCAUCAGAGACCAAGUUAGAGAGACAGGAGUCUCAGAGCAGAGAGAGCCCUGCCCUUCACCAGGCCCCAGAAACUCAGCAGAAAGCAGCAGAGUGGUCCAGCGACGAUGAGACUAAAGAGCUGAACUCCGUGGCACCUGCUCUGACACCCACUGAGCAUGUGCAGACACAAGGCCCGGCGUCGGCACCAUGUCACUCCUACAAGAAGUCCCUCCGCCUGUCGUCUGACCAGAUAGCCAGCCUGAAACUAAGAGAGGGGCCUAAUGAUGUCACCUUCAGCAUAACCACUCAGUACCAGGGCACAUGUCGCUGCGAAGGCACCAUCUACCUGUGGAACUGGGACGACAAGGUCAUAAUCUCCGACAUCGAUGGCACCAUCACCAAAUCAGAUGUGUUUGGUCAGAUUCUCCCUCAGCUCGGGAAAGACUGGACUCAUCAAGGAAUCGCUAAGCUUUACCACUCAGUACACGAGAACGGUUACAAGUUCCUGUACUGUUCGGCGCGAGCAAUCGGCAUGGCUGACAUGACCCGGGGGUAUCUGCACUGGGUGAAUGACAGAGGGACCCUCCUGCCUCAAGGACCCCUCAUGCUCUCGCCCAGCAGCCUCUUCUCUGCCUUCCACAGAGAGAUCAUAGAAAAAAAGCCUGAGAAGUUCAAGAUCGAAUGCCUCACAGACAUCAAGAACCUGUUUUUCCCCAACACACAUCCCUUCUAUGCAGCCUUCGGAAACAGAGAAAAUGACGUGUUCGCCUACAAGCAAGUGGGCGUGCCCGUGUGUCGCAUAUUCACAGUGAAUCCCAAAGGAGAGUUAAUCCUCGAGCAAGCCAAAGGCAACAAAACAUCAUACAGCCGGCUGAGCGAGCUGGUGGAGCACGUCUUUCCUUUACGAAGUUCACAACACAGCGCCACCUUCAGCUGCCCAGAGUUCAGCUCCUUCUGUUACUGGAGACAGCCGAUUGCUGAGGUGUGUUUUGAGGAGCUGCUAUAACUCAAACUGAUGUUAAUGUUUUCUAUCAAUUACUUGAAAUCAUUGUAACUCAGAGCAGUGAUUGUUUUUUUUUUUUUGACUGCAUGCACAAGCUUAAUACUGAUAAGUCCUUGUAAUUGUCAAUUUUGUGAGCCACUGGAAUAGUUCAAUAUUAUCUUAAGACACAUUCCACUUUAGUGAAAAAGCUUGGGAUAUUUAUGUAUUCCAUAUAUUUUUAUUUAGGUGUUCUUUGGGCUUGAGUUACACAUUUAAGAGGUGUAUUUGAAGGCUCUGUCAGCUUUUGGCAUGUAUGAAAGCCAAAAGAGUGAUCAGGUCUUGUUCUUACCAUUUGCCGUGUCUUUUGUGGCCAAGCUUAUGAUUUUGCCUAAGCACUUAUUUAGGCACUAGAGGUAACAAAUACUGACUGUGUUGCGCUUUCUCUCCCGGACCUGGGAGCUAUCAUAAAAAACACAAGAUAAUAUUUAUAGCAGCUACGUUUUCAUCCCUUUGUAAGGCCUUAUUCACUCUAUGGUCUUAUUUAAUGUGUAAUAAUCCUACAUGAAUUUAAUGGUUAAUAAUUGCAUUGCAAGAAAAGGCACUUUUUGAACUUUAGAUACUGCUGCCAGUGUUUCCCACAGAAUGAGGUGGGGGUUGCAGCAAGUUAUAUUUCUGGCAUGUUAUUUCUUAUUUCAACAUUUUAAUUCUACUUCAUUCUCCCCCUUUUUGUAGUGUUUACUCACUACUUGAAUCUGCUCAUCUUGCUUUUCCCUUCAGUUCUCUUCGCCCCACACGCACCUACACCUCUGGUCUCUUACUGCAAACACAGCAGCCCCACCUCUUUCUAUCUCUCUCUCCCUGUAUGUGUCUGCUGACUUUCUCUAUUAGCAGUAUGUUUUAUGAAGUCGCCGAAAAGACACUCGUCUUUUUGACGUUGCACGCAAAGGAGGCCUGAUGUAGUCUAUGGAAACCAACGUGGUAUGAAUGACAUCUGCACUGGUGUGUUCACUGUUACUUUACCUGGUCCGUGCUUGUAAAAUAUCCACCGUGUCUUGUAACGUAAUACCAGAUAACAUCUCUCUCUGUGUUUCUCUGCAAAAUGCUAAAGUGGGUCAACAAAUUUACUUUGGUGGCCAUUUAUACACCCGGGCAGCCCGCCCAAGGUAAGUCUGUAUGUGGGGAAACAUUGUCUGCUAUUUGGUAUUAAAUAUUUUUCCAAAAUCAAGACUUAACAUUAGAAAACAAUUUUUGCUGAAUUUUGGAACAGAUCUUUGCUGAUGUUUUUUCCGGACUUGUUUGAUUUUGCAAUCGUGGAAACUAAAGCGUGUUAAUGUUAUGCCUCUUUGUUUUUAUUCUUUUCAUACCGAGUAAAAUUUAAUGCAUCUUUCUAUGAAAGUGAUAAAGUUUGUGUAAAGAGAACACACAGUAUUUUCUUUAGUUGUGUGUCGUCAAAUUUCACUUUUCAGUGAAGAACCUUUGCUGCUACUGCUUCAAGCGUUUUCUGUAGUUACUUUAUGGUAUUCCAGUUUAUAUUAUUAUGUACUAUAAUGUAAGCACAAAGUAUGUUUUGGAUGAAUGUUUGAUCUGCUUUCUGUUUGUUAGACAGUGAGAGAGGUGAGCUCUGAAAUCAUGAAUUAUUUAAAGUCAUUUUUAUAGUGUCAGAACUUUAGAUCUACUGCACAUAAACUCUGUAUACAUAGUAUAUUUACUGUAUACAUACAAUGUAUUGUGUUAAUAAAAUAUUAAAUCAAAUAUUGAAA